GAUUGCUGACCACCGCUGACUACGCCGUCGUCUACCAAUAGACCGGCGUCAUAUCCAGUAUUAUCCAACGAAGCUCUCGGCAGAGCCGGCUCAGUCGUGUGAUAAACGUGGAGCACCUAGGUGGGUAGAGGUGCGUCUGCACAUCAAUCGACGGUAGUGAAUCGUAGCGGCGAACAAUGUGCUCGUGGACCCCGUGAAACGGAACUCGACCUGUUCAAUAGACGUGCUAGGAACUGUUGCGAAACCCGGACUGUCGUUCGGCCACCGCGGUUUUUUCACCGGGACUGUGACCGGACUGACACUGCCAGUCGGAAAACCCGAAAGCUGACGCAGAGACACGCUGCUAUACCAGAGGAAUUCUGUACUUCUUUAAGUUUAUGCAGUUUCCAAAGACAUGCAGUAUUUUUUUAAUCGAGUUUAUAUAACUCGAACACCGUUAGUAUAUCGAGGGAAAGAAAUUAAGAUAGGAAGAUGAGUCUUCGCUGGAUCCACGAGAACUUAGAGGCGCCAACGUGCGACGAAGAAUGCAGCGACAUCGAUGACAGUUGCAGCGACGACAGCUACGAUUCCGAUCUAUCGAUCGGUGAGGAGAAAGGGGCGAAGAACGAAAAGGAGAUCAAUGGUGAUCGCAGAGUGAAACGAGAAACGAGGCGGCGCACGACUACAGUGAAGUUCGAUGAGAAUGGUACUCCGCAUUUUGUUACAACUGCAUCAGUGAAACCUGCGCCUUGUAUAAUAUGGGAUCCGAGGAAACUUACGGAAAAUCCAGUUUAUAAUUGCCUGGUAAUCAAAUUAUUUUGUCGGACCGGUUACCAUCUUGCAGUUUCAAAUUCGGGCCGCGUUCAGGGUUUGAGUGGUACCAAUGAACCGCAUGCCUUGUUUCACAUUAUACCGGUGUCAUUCGGCAUAAUCCGAAUGCAGAGCAUCGAAACUGAUCUUUAUGUGGCUUUUAAUAAGAAGGGUCGUCUGUACGGAGAGCGAAAUGUGAACAAGGACAACACAGAAUGGGAACAAUGGAACGUUGGUUCAUACGACGCCUUUCGUUCGCGAAAAUAUGCGAACCAUGGAUGGUGGAUAGGUAUAAAGAAAAAUGGAAGGGCAAAACCGGGACAAAAAACACGUUGGGGCCAAAAGGCGAUACAAUUUUUAGCUAUACGUCAAGAUUAAUUCCCAUAACAUGUACUUUUUAUGCCUGACAUUGUAAAUCGAUCAUUUUAUCAGGUUACAAGUCAUAACAAUUACGUGAAUUCUGGAAAAUGAAAAUCUUUGAUAUUGGAUAACUAGCUCUGUUGUGGACCAUUGCUGUAUAGAACAAUACUGUUCAAUAAAUUUUUAACUUUUCGCAAAAUAAAAAUGUUUUUCAUCGAUUGUAAGACACAAGAGCAAAGUAGAACAUAAUUUCUCUUAUUAAAUGUUUUAAUUCCUUGAAAAUGAUAUAUCUAUAUCGUUAAAUUCUUUGAAUCUUGUUUACUGCAACUACUUAACAUAUAUUACUUGCAUCUACUGAUUUUUGCAAUAAAUGCAUAAAAUCUACAGUCCAUUUAUAAAUUUCUACGAAAAUCAUUUUUAAUAAAAUAUUAAAAUAAAAGUAAAAUAAAAAUACCACUUUUAUAAACACUUUUAUCUAUUCAUAAUUAUCUUUGUACUAAUAACAAUUGAUUCAUUUCGCAUAUUUUAUUUAUCAAUAGCAAACAGAUAAUUUGACCUGAAAGAAAUUUUCUGUGUUAAUAAGCAGUUCAAAUAGAUUUUUGUUCACUCAACUGGAAUUUAAAGUUUUUUGUCUUUCUCACAUGGAGAUAUCUAAAAAGAAUCAGUUUUACACUUUGACUUCCAUGGCAACCAGCUAAAAAAUUUCAUGAAAUUAAAGUACUUUAUAUGAUGUGAAUUGCAUUAUAAAAUGAGGAAGAUAUAAUCGAUUUGCAUAAAAAUUAAUUUUCAAAUCAAAGCACACAAUGUCGUCACACAUGUGUGGGUGAUAUGGCGGUCAAAGUGUUAGGAGAACUCAGACUUUCAACUCUGAGAAUUUGUUGUGCUUUAAUAGUAGUAGUUAAUAUCUGAGGUGGUAAGGUAACAUUACUUUACAUAAAAUGCAUAAAGCAUAAAACAACGUUAAACGUUCUCCAGUUGAUUUUUUUUUAAACUACACAUGAACGACAAAUAAAUUCACUGCCUACAUAAAGUCCAAAUAUGUAUUGAACAGUGUAAUUUCUCGAGAUCAUAUAAAAUGUAAAUCGUCUGUUAGUGAUACUGGAAGUGAAAUUUGAAUCAGGAGAAUAGUAAUUUAGAUACGGGUCUUUACGGUACUUUUUAAGGCAAAUAAACAACUUCGUUACCUUCCAAUAGAAUAUAAUGUUUAUUAUAACACUGUUACUCAACAACGGAAUAGUUUGGGAUUGUGCAUUCUGCUUGUGCCCUUCAACUGAACCUUCAUCGCAAGUUGCAGUUACAAAUUGCAGUACAUUCUUCAAUUUAUUUUCUUUUUUAUUAAUAUUAGUCGUUGAUCGAUCAUGCUGCAAACAAAGUGUCCCGAUCUGAUUCGAUCAUAAUUUGAAUUUUACACUUCGCUCGCAACAAUCGUACGAACGCCGAUCUGUAUUUUAUUAUAUAUUAUAAUUGUAUGUAAUAUAAUAUAUUUAUAUGUAAUUACUA